AUGCGAGUCAGUAAUAUAUUGUUUAAAUCCGCACAGAAUCGUCGCCACCUUCAGUCGCUCGCACUUAGUGUCCACUUCAAGCAACCAGAUUUUGGCAUGAGGGAAUAUGAAAUAUUGAGUCGAGCAUCAGGUUUCUUGCUAGCAGUGGAUCCUCCAGAUCUUUCAAACUCUGAGGGGCCCUACGGGCAUUUGGGAAAGAGCGAACGCGAAAGGCGUCUUAAGCUUCACAAACAAGAUCACAAGUAUUCUCCUGCAGUAGGACCGGCUAAUCGUGAACUGAAGGACCUUGGAUGGCUAGAGUUUGCUCCACAAGAAGUUCGUCCCACAGUUCAUUUUGUUUGCUCGAGUCACGUCCUUGCACCAUUCUUGUGGAAAGAUUAUUAUCCGCAAGAUUGGUUGAGCAAAGUGAAACAAGAGCACUGCGCAUAUUCACUUGAAGUCUACGAUACGGAGUCUCCCGGCGAGGCACUAGGCAAAUUUGCGUUGAAUCCGUAUCCGAUACAUCAUCCUGAAGGGCGAGAUAUUGCUUUUAUUCACCUGCAACAAGAAGAAGAAAGUUUGAAGAUAAUGAAACAACUUGGCGUGAAAAUUCACAAUAUGCGUGACCUUGACUCAGUCUACAACAAAGGCGAUGAGGUUGCAUUUGAUGGAUAUGUGGUUGCAGAGCAAAAUAUGGCAGAUUAUGACGAAUUGGCCAAUGAUGUUGUCGACGAGACGAGUAGCACCGCUAAGAAUGAAGACGCUCGUGUUUUCUUCCCGUACCAAGAAAAAGGGAGGCUUGCGUAUCAUACCCAGGAUCGAUUCUUUGCAGAAACAGAAAAACCAUUGCCAGAAGGCUUAUGCGGUGGCCCGGUUUUAGAUGAAGACGGUCUUGUUUGCGGCAUCAUAGAAGGAAUCGUGGACAAGAACCACGCAAACACUCAAAUUGCUGGUAGUGCAGCGUUUAUGCCAAACUACAUGAUAUCACCUUUCAUUGAAUACGCAGAAAGGUUCAUGCUACAACGAAUACUUCCCAAGAGUCUCUUUCAAAAGGCCGUUACGGCGAAAACAACAAAUUCUCUUGGCGGUGGAAUGACACAGGGGAACCAACCAAAUUUCAGUCAACAAGGCAACACAACUGCGUGGGAAGAGGCUUUUGACCGUGCUGUUGAUCAACUAAAGAAGAACCACACGCAAGAAGAAGUCAAUGCCAUACUGAAUACAAUUCAAGAAGAGAGAAAUGAAGUCCUUGAUAUUCUGGAUAAAGAAGGUGGGGACUUGGAAGAAGUGGCAGCACGCGUACGAAGAAAGACCAUGGAAAUUCGAGAAAUGAUCCAUGAGGAGUAUCGCCAGGGACAAAACGCGGAUGGCGCCCGAAACAAGUAG